GAAUUGUGUCCAUAUAUAUGUGUGCUCAUUUACUCUCAAUUACAUUCAUCCCAACAUUUUUCAUUUCAAAAUUGGUAAUAUUGUGCAAGGAUGACAAUGAAGUUAGGAAGCAUUCUCUUAAUGGUUGGAGCUUUGUUUGCUCUCUUCACCCUCACCUAUGGAUCUGAUGUGCAGCCAGCAGACUCUGAAACAAAAUUUUGUCUCAGAGAAAUUAUAAGAGAUGGAAAUUGUAAAGAUCAUGGACCAUUUAAACGUGAUUGUCAUGAUGAAUUCUUUCAAACAGUAGGAUCAUGGACUAUGGCUAAGAAUUGUGAAUGCAAACAACUUCAGGAAAAUAAACGCAGCUGCCAAUGUUGUAUCAAUUGUGAUCAUGAAGCUAAAUUGUUAAGCGCCGCUUUGCAUUUACGCCAAAUUAAUGAUACACAUGAUAGAUGUAGCAAGUAAUUAAUCAAUAAUGGAAUUUUACAAUCCUAAUAAUAAAUACCUUAUAGUAUGAGUUUUGCAUUU